UGACAGUAUCAGCUGUCAAAUCGUAUGGGUUUUUGCAAUUAUUUCAGCUUAGUUCUGCUAUUUUACUUUAAAAUGCCUCAAUGUAGUGCGUUAAACUGCAAAAACAGAGGAGUACAUUUAUUUCCUAAGGAAAGUAAGCGCAGAAAACAAUGGGAAUCGGCGUUACGUAUUAUAAACUUUAAGGCAAGUAAUACUGCACGAUUGUGUGCUGCACAUUUCACAGAAGAGGAUUAUUAUGGCAAAAGCAAAUAUACAGGUAAUGAACCACUCGCCAAAUUUCUUAAAAAGACUGCUGUUCCAUCGGUUUUCUGCUUUACUAAGGUAAAACCAGAAAAUCCAGCUGCCCUUGAACGACAGCAUCGUUUUGAGAGAAGAUGUAUAAAGAAACUAUUUCAAGAAUCUCAUACUAGUGUCACUAUAGAAACUGAAAGAGACCUUACACUGGCAAUAGGUCGUGAAGAAGAAGUGAACAAUGAAACCACUUCAGCAGCAUGUUCACAUAGUGCACCUGAAUUUGAUACAAAAACUACUCAAGUUGACCAUGAACACACAUAUGGGUCUAUUAAUAGGAAUAAGAAUAAUGAUACCUUUAUUAAGUUUUACACAGGAUUUGAAUCAUAUAAAAAAUUUCAGUUAGUGUACUCAACUCUGAGCCCAAUGGUUCACAAAAUUAGGUAUUAUGGCGGCUCUGUGAUAAAUCUGAGUGCAGAAGAUCAGUUUUUUUUAACAUUGAUGAAAUUAAGACAAAACAAAUGUAAUUUUGAACUUAGUAUGUUUUUUAAUGUCAGUCAAAGUACUGUAUCAAAUAUUUUUAUCACAUGGGUAAACUUUAUUUAUCAAUUGUGGAUAAAAUUAGAUAUUUGGCCCAGAAAAGAAUUAGUCCAAUAUUAUAUGCCCAGAAGUUUCAAAAAUUAUGAUUCAACUCUCAGAGUAAUAUUAGAUGGAACCGAAAUAAAAGUUCAAAAACCAAAGAACCCAAAGUCUCAGCAAGCAUCUUGGAGUAGCUACAAACAUGCAAACACAUUGAAAAUAUUAGUUGGGGCAACACCUGGUGGGCUUCUAUCAUAUUGCUCCCAAGCUUAUGCAGGAUCAAUAAGUGACCGGCAGGCAGUGGAACGAAGCGAACUUCUUAAAAAAUGCAAAAGCGGCGAUAGUAUAUUGUAUAGGCUGACAGAGGUUUCACUAUACAGGACAUGUUUGCAGACAAAAAUGUGUCUGUUAAGAUUCCAACAUUUUUGAAAGGAAAAUCUCAGUUGCCUGGCCUGACAGUAAUAAAAGAUAGAGAACUGGCAAAUAAAAGGGUUCAUAUAGAAAGAAUUAUAGGGUUAACAAAAACAUACAAAAUUUUAAAAAAUGAACUAGACCAUAGCUAUGUUCCAAUAGCAAGUAAAAUCUUUUUUAUAUGUUUUAUGUGCUGUAAUUUUAGGGAAAGUAUUAUGAAUAAUAUUAAAUAAAAUUCUACAUUUGGACUGUUUUUUUUAUGAAUUGUAAAUAGUCUUUAUGUAAGUGUUUAUUUAUAAUAGCAGGUACUAAGCUAUGUAGCUUAAAGGUUAUCAAAUUAAUUAACAUUUCAUUGCUAACAAAAUCGUACAACUUUUAAAAAAUUAACUAGACCAUAGCUAUGUUCCAAUAGCAAGUAAAAUCUUUUUUAUAUGUUUUAUGUGCUGUAAUUUUAGUGAAAGUAUUAUGAAUAAUAUUAAAUAAAAUUCUACAUUUGGACUGAUUUUUUUAUAAAUUGUAAAUAGUCUUUAUGUAAGUGUUUAUUUAUAAUAGCAGGUUCUAAGCUAUGUACCUUAAAGGUUAUCAAAUUAAUUAACAUUUCAUUGUUAACAAAAUCGUACAACAUUUUAAAAAAUUAACUAGACCAUAGCUAUGUUCCAAUAGCAAGUAAAAUCUUUUUUAUAUGUUUUAUGUGCUGUAAUUUUAGAGAAAGUAUUAUGAAUAAUAUUAAAUAAAAUUCUACAUUUUGA